AUGCUCGUGAAGCAGAAGUCCCCCUACGGCAAAUCUUCCAGGCUUCGAGAUAUUGAGAAGUGUCUCCAACUUUCUGGGAGUAGCAUCAGGGAGCUUGACAACGUGCUUUAUUUGUUGCCAAAUGCCCUUGCCGCCACUCAACCGCUCAAGGUAGCAAGCAAAGGAUCAAACAAUGCCGUCAGCAAAGGUGGCAUCAACAUUACUGCUGUUGAAAUGUUCAAGUCUGCGGAUAUGUACAAUUUGUUUCUCUUCUCUAUCGCAUUGAAAAUUGGAUUAAACAUGGCCGGGGCCUAUGGCAAGAAAUCGGCUGAGCGGUUGGCGUAUGAAGCUCGAUCGGAGGUGUAG